CAUGGACGUUGUUGGUUACCCAGAGCCGCAACUUCCAGGUGGCUCACUAUAUAAUAAACCAUAAUUCCUCUCCCCCUCUUCUCUCUCUCUCUCUCUCUCUCUCUCUCUCUCUCUCUCCCCAUCCAAUGGGUCUUAAAACCCUAAAUCACCUCUCCCAUGCCCCAAUCGGAAACGCUAAUUUCAACCAUUUCUCUUCCCAUUCCACUCCCUUCAUCCGAUUCCAUCCCAAACCUCGGAUUGCUCGAUCAAUUCUUCGAAUCUGUCUUCCACCAGUUAUUAAUCGAAGCAAUCGGUUGGUUGCUGGUUGCAUUAGUCCAAGCCAAGAGUUAGUCGGGGGGGAAUCUGAAAUUGCGAGCGGAAAUGGCCACAGUAUCGCUUCGGUUUUAUCGACCGGAGAAGAAGAAGAGGAGGUGGAGGGGGAGACAGGGGUGGUUGAGAUGAAAAGAGAAGAACCUGAGGGGAAAGAGAGUCUUUGGAAUCAAAUUGUUGAGAUUAUGAAGUUUUCGGGGCCUGCGACGGGGUUGUGGAUAUGUGGACCGUUGAUGAGUCUCAUCGACACUGCUGUGAUUGGUCAGGGAAGUUCUCUCAAGCUUGCUGCUUUAGGCCCUGCGACUGUGCUUUGUGAUUAUACCAGUUAUAUUUUUAUGUUCCUUUCAAUUGCAACAUCAAAUAUGGUUGCUACUUCACUCGCAAGACAGAAUAAAGAUGAAGUGCAGCAUCAGAUUUCUAUCUUGCUUUUUAUUGGGUUAACUUGUGGUGUGGGGAUGCUGUUCUGCACAAGGUUCCUAGGUGCAUGGGCGCUAACUGCUUUUACUGGCCCGAAGAAUGUGCACAUCAUACCUGCAGCAAACACAUACGUUCAGAUUCGAAGCCUAGCAUGGCCUGCAGUGCUUGUUGGGUGGGUUGCCCAAAGUGCAAGUCUUGGCAUGAAGGAUUCGUGGGGACCUUUGAAGGCCUUGGCAGUUGCCAGUGUUGUAAAUGGCAUUGGUGAUAUUGUCUUAUGCACAUUCUUGGGCUACGGGAUUGCUGGAGCGGCUUGGGCAACAAUGGUAUCACAAGUUAUUGCAGGUUAUAUGAUGAUUGAAACUUUGAAUAAGAAAGGAUAUAAUGCAUUUGCCCUCUCUGUUCCAUCUCCAAGUGAACUUUUGCAAGUAUUCAUGCUUGCUGCUCCAGUGUUUAUCACAAUGAUUUCAAAGGUUGCGUUCUACUCUCUCAUUGUAUAUUUUGCAACGUCAAUGGGCACACACACUGUUGCUGCUCAUCAGGUCAUGAUUCAACUGUUCAGCAUGUGCGCAGUGUUUGGUGAGCCUCUCUCUCAAACUGCUCAAUCAUUCAUGCCCGAGUUAAUGUAUGGAGUCAAUCGAAGUCUGCCAAAGGCUCGAUCACUAUUAAAGUCGCUGCUGAUCUUUGGUGCGCUUAGUGGGUUGAUAAUGGGAUCCAUUGGAGCAUCUAUCCCCCUGCUGUUCCCCAAAUUAUUUUCACCUGAUCCUGAGGUCAUUGGGGAGAUGCGCAAAGUGUUGAUUCCAUACUUAAUGUCAUUGUGUGUGACAGCCAGUGUUCAUAGCCUUGAGGGAACAUUGCUGGCUGGGCGAGAUCUAAAAUUUCUCAGUUUAUCAAUGAGCGGGUGCUUCUCAUUAGGUGCUCUUUUCCUAAUGCUAGUGAGCGGUAGAGGAUUCGGUUUGGCUGGUUGCUGGUGUGCCCUUGUCGGAUUCCAAUGGUCUCGAUUUUUUAUGGCUCUACGGCGUCUCCUUUCACCUGACGGCAUACUAUACUCUGAAGAUUUGACAAGGCAUCAAAUGGGGAAGCUGAAAGCUGUAUAGUUGUGGGAUCGGGAGUCAAGCAUCUGGAGAUUGAGAAACGAACUUCAGCUGCUGAGAAUACAACGCGGAUGAUGCUACACUUGAGACGAAUAUUAUUAAGUCUCACAAAAUUGGCACAUGGAUGCCAUAAAUCAAUUAGGAUUAGCCAUUGUUUCAAGUCCUCGGUGAAGCUUAGGUAGAAUUAAACACCAACAAAUCUGUAAACAUAUCCCCACAGAUUCACAGCAAUUGUAAUAUUUGUCUGUAUUUGGCCAAUCAAUAUGGAAACCGAUUAUUUCGAAAACGGCUCUCUGUAAAUCACUGUAUCCCAACAAUAUUCAGGUUUUUUUUUUGCUAAGUAGAAAUAGGAGUUACUGAAACUGUUUUUAUUUUUUUUACCAAAAA